AUGAAGUCAUUGCGAACGUCUUUAGGCAGUAGUGACACGUGUAUUGAUCUAUACGCAGAACGAAUUAUGAUUCCUCGUAUAUCCUUAUUGUCAGUAGUCACAGGACUUGGAAUUAUUCUUCUAUUUAUCCUGCGCUAUCGACGUCGACGUACACGACAAUCAGCUCAAUUAUUACGAGAAAAAGUCGUGCUUGAGACAACGGAAGACAUAUACACGACUCGAAAGCGAUGGUUCUUUUGCUUUUUAACAAUUGCAAUGGUAUGGAUUAAUAUUUUUCUUUAUUCUUUUAAUUCGUCGAUUGCAAUGGGAGCGACAUCAAUGAGUAGAGCACAAGCACGACCUCGUACUGUCUUUAGUUUUACGACAACUCCCAUUGGAAUAAAUGAAAUACAACGGACAAUUGAUGCUUUAAUUUAUCAAGAAGGUGAUGGAUUUGAUGUUGUUUAUAUCAUUGUACCUCGUUUCUAUCGAGAGAAGGAGGUUGAGAUUCCAUCGUGGUUAUUACCUGACGUUUCAAUGCUAAAACAACUUGAAUCUUAUGGUUUUAUGUUUGCAACUAGUACAAGUCCAUAUCACGACAAGUUGCGACUUGUUGUGCUAGACACUGAUUUUGGACCUUCAAGUAAAGUUUUAGGAACGCUAUUAGUUGAGCAAGAUCCAGAUACGAUUAUUGUAUACGGUGACGAUGAUCGGAUAUAUCCUCCACAACUUUGUGAACGGGCACUUCAUUAUACACACAAGUAUCCACAUGAUGUUAUUGCAGUAUUAGGUGGAUGGAUCUCGGCUGAAGAUGGACUUUAUUGUGGACGUAGUCUCGAAGUUGGGGUUAAUAGUGUCUCGUUUGUUGGGGGAGCAGGAGGUGUAGCAGUUAAACGAAAGUUCUUUGGUUUAGAUGAAGAGACUAUUCCUGCGUUUCAAGUGAUAAAUAUGAGCAAAGCGUGUUUUCUAGGUGAUGAUUACUACUUAUCUCACUUAUUAAGUCGCAAUGGAAUUCGUCGACGACUUGUGAGUGAUAGCUGUUGGAAUAUUGAAGCCCUUACAGAGUCAUUUUCGCAUGGUGGACUCUCGUACGCUCCAUCAGAACAUCCAGGAGGUGCUAAUGUCGAACAUUAUCAACAAUGUAUACGCGAAUUAGGACGAGAUCAAGAUCUUUCACGAGAUGGAGAAUUUGGAUCCUUCUGCAUGUUUUUCGUUUCUCGAAUAUGGGGAGUGGUACGAGGUCUACGAAAUUUGAUAUUUAAUGGACAUUUCGUAUCGUGUUGA